AUGCCUAAAAAAGACAAGAAUGUCCUCGAUAAUUUGUUGGACGUAGUGACAAGGUUGAAACAAAUCGAAGCGCAAAUGCAAAAAAUGCGUAAAGAGUGCCAAGAACGUGAAAAAAUCUGGGAGGCAGUGGAACGUGAGGUGAACUUCCUCGAAGAAAAGGCUGUAAUUUAUCGCUACAAAGUGAUGGACACACAAUCGGUUCAAGACUAA